CAGAGGUGAAACGCGCAGUUUUGCACUUGCAUCUUGUGAUAUUUUUUGUCCGGUGUUUUCUAAUAUUUUACAGAAGAUAUGGAGAAGAAAAGUAGCGACUUGGACUGCAAGGGAUCCAGUAACAACCUGUGGCUUGUGAAGGUGCCAAAGUACAUGUCUAACAAAUGGAUGACAGUGGAGGAUGGAGAGGUGGGCACACUCAAGAUCAACAGGAGACCAGGAGCUCCCAAGCCAGAGGUUAUUUUCUCCUUGAAGGAGGAUCUUGCCCAGAGGGAUGAUGGGAAGGGUUGUUCGGAGGCGCCGCGCGAGCACAAGUUCGUCCUGUCUGGCACGGCGGGGCAGCCAAUGGGAGUCUUCUCACAGACAUCUGGAUCAGCUGCUGAUGAGGCAGGCUCCUCAUCAAAUGGAGCCUUGGCUUUGGAAGGGAAGGUGGCACAUAGAGUGGACUGCCGACCGGUAGGGGGAGAGCACUACAUGAAGCUGAAAAGAUUACAAGUUUUGGAUGCAAUAACACCAAUGAGAACCACCAUGGCACUAGACAGGGCUGUCACAAACAACUACAAACCUGUGGCCAACCAUCCCAACAAUUUGGAGGUUGAGCGAAGAAAAAAAGAAGACGGGAAGCGAGCACGUGCUGAUCCUGAGAAGGUUCAGGAGAUGCUGUUCUCUGCCUUUGAGAAGCAUCAGUACUACAACAUCAAGGAUCUGGUCGAGAUUACUAAACAGCCUAUUCAAUACCUGAAGGAGGUUCUGAAGGAGAUAGCCACUUACAACCUAAAGGCUCCUCACAAAAACACCUGGGAGCUGAAGCCGGAGUACAGACACUACAAGGGAGGAGAAACACCCAUGGAACAGACUUAAACCUUAGACAGACCCACUCAUUUCCACCCUUAGCCCUCUUCAGUCCUUAUUCCACAUUCAGAAUCUUCCCUCAAACACUGUUUCAAAAACCAAGUUCAGGAGCAGUGUGAUCAGAUUCCUUUUGAUACAAAUCAAAUCAAAUUUGAGUUAAAUUGAGUCAAAUUUAACUGCCAACCUGACUGCUAACCUUCUCCCAACUACCAGUUAACCAUGACCCAACCUCCUGUUUACAUCCAAAUGAUUUCAACAUUUUGAAACUUUUGGCUGUUACUAUAUAAUACAUGUAAUACAUAAUACACCAAACACCAGCCAGUCACAGCCAACUUUCCUCCUAACCAUGGUUGGGGGAAGUCUGGCAGUUUUGGGUGACCACAUGCCUGUAGCCAGGAUUUUGAAUGGGGGGGUUCUUCCCACUGCUUGAGGGACCAGCGAGCGCCGUAGGCACGAGGCAAGUGCCGAGGGUGCGAGGUUCCUAGGGGGGUAUGGGGGUAUGCUCCCCAGAAACUUUUGAAAAAUGAACCUUCUGAAAUGGCAUUUCCUGCAUUUUUGAGAGGAUUUCAAAGAAAACUUCAGAGAUGACUUUUUAUUCAAUGA